GAACAGCAGGAAACAGGGGGGAGAGGAUGAGCAGGAGAAGCGGGAGGAGAUGAGAAAGCAGGGGUUGAUCCUCCCCGCCUCCCACAGCACUUGCCUACAGGUGCGUGCGCUACUCCGACGGUCCUCCGACCCGGCGCCACAGCUCGACGCACGGCCACUGCCGCGAGGCACGGCGAGACGGAAGGAGGGAGGGGAGGAAGCGCCCGCGGCAGUCAACUCAAAAACACGCCCCGCCCGGAGGGGGGGGGGUCACAGGCUCAGCAUCCUGGGGCUGCGCUCACACGCGAGGAGGCUCUCGCAGCACAACGGCGAGCACCAAGGUGAUGAGCGUGAUGAAGAUGAUGCCGACGUAGAACAAGGGCCUCUUCGCCGCCGGCGAUGCUGA